GAACUAGGAGCCGGCUGGGAUCUGCGCCUAGCCGGAGCGUGACGUGGGGCGUGAGACUAUCAGUGAGGAAUAAAGGCGGUAGCCGGUUUUAUGGGACUCUACUCGGCCACUGCCUGCGGUCGGCGUUGUGCUACUUUUAGCUGCGAAGACCCCGCAUCCUAGUGCUGAUGUUCCGGACGAGCCCGCGCUCGCCCUGAAGUGGGGCCGAGGUCUCUUGAAGCCGGUGUAGUCGAGGGUGUGAAGGGAACUGGCAGCGCGAUGGAUGAGGGCGCGAUGGAUGAGGACCCGAUGGUCGCGCUGCGGGCGCAGGAAGAGUGGGAUGCGAGGGCCGCCAAGCGCGCAGCGCGGGAGACCCUGUCGCUGGUGGACCCGUCCUGGGAACUGGUGGACCCCACCCCGAACCUGCAGGACCUAUUCGUGCAGCUCAAUGACAGCUUUUUCCGGGGCCGGCUGGAGGCCGUGGAGGUAAAGUGGAGCCUGCGCAUGACGCUGUGUGCUGGGAUUUGCAGCUAUGAGGGCAGUGGCGGAAUGUGUUCCAUCCGUAUCAGUGAACCCCUUUUAAAGUUCAGACCAAGAAAAGAUCUUGUAGAGACUCUCUUGCAUGAAAUGAUACAUGCCUAUUUAUUUAUCACUAAUAAUGAUAAAGACCGGGAAGGACAUGGUCCAGAGUUUUGUAAGCAUAUGCAUCGAAUCAAUCGCCUGACUGGAGCCAAUAUUACGGUACACCGCACAUUUCACAGUGAGGUGGAAGAGUACCGCCGACACUGGUGGCGCUGCAAUGGGCCAUGUCAGCACAAACCCCCAUGUUACGGCUAUGUGAAACGUGCCACCAACAGGGCACCCUCUGCACAUGACUCCUGGUGGGCUGAGCACCAGAAAGCCUGUGGAGGCACUUACAUAAAAAUCAAGGAACCAGAAAAUUACUCCAAAAAAGGAAAAGGAAAGACAAAGCAGCCUGUAUCAACAGUGGAGAAUAAAGACAAGCCCAAUAGAAGUGAGGCUCGACCGCUAAUCCCUUUCAGUGGCAAAGGGUAUGUUCUGGAAGAGGUGAGGAAUCCAUCUUCAUCUGGGAAAGCGAUUGCCUCACGUGCCAUCAAUGAAUCCCAAGAUCUUUUAAGUCAGGACAAUUCAGCAGGUGCUAUAAGACCUGAUUCUACCACCGAGGUGAAAUUCAAACAGAAUGGUUCAAGUGAAAAUUCUCCUCAUCAAGUCCCUCCUGUACACCAAAGUGUCCUAAGCACCUACUUUCCCAGAGUCUUGGUUGUCAACCUAAAGGCUUUCAGAAGUGUGAACGGAUCCCAAUUGAAAAAUGGAACCAUUGGUGACAUCACUAAACACUCAGUCUCUUCUAGUUCUCGAAGGAAGGUUCCAUCUUCUAAGACAUCCCUGAGAAAUCCCUCCCAAGUGAUGGCCUCAGCAUCUGUAACUGCAUCCCAGUAUGGACAUGGGUCCAAAGACAAGUUCCCAGGCAAACGACCCAGGCUAGAAGACAAAAGCAUUUUUGACACCUUUACGAAGAAAGAACAACUACAAAGUGAUAGGAGGAGACUUCCCUGUGCUUGCCUUUUUCUGGCCAGUGCCCACCAUGCUCACCGUCCCCAAGAGCACAACUAUUUUCAUCUGUUACCAAAGGUUAGUUUUAGCCUAUUUUUCAAGCUUUAUAAAGUAUCUUUGUUGGUGUAUGUAGCAGUUCAUUUUCAUUGCUCUGUAGUAUUUGUGUGAAUAUAGAAUGGUUUAUCCAUUGUAAGAUUAAUGAUCGUUUAACUUGUUCUCAGUUCGGGGCUGUUAGAAAUAAUGCUGCUAAGAACAUCCCCUAGUCCUGUUGGGAAUACACACAGGUUGGCUUGCUGGGUCACAGGGUGUUUCUAUGUAGCCUUAGUAAAUACUGCUAGUUUACACUCAUCCUAGCAGUGUGUGAGCAUUUCCAGUUGUUCAGCAUUCUUAACAUUGUUUUUACCCUGUCUUAAUUGGAUGAAGUUUUGAUAUUAAAGCAUAAAGUUAAAAAAAAAUAGUAUAUAGAUAAAUGACUAUUAAAAUAUGUGUUUUUUAAAUAUAUACUGUUAACAUUCAUCAGUUUAACAAGUGCAAUAAAGUAUAUUUUUAGUAAAACCAAAAAAAAAAGUAUAUGCAUGUCACUUUACCAUAUAAACUACCAAUCUCCUUCUAAUAUAGAUGUGCUGUUCACAUUAAUAAAGUCACAAAUAUUAAACAUAUUUUACUUCUUGAACAGAACUGAACCUCAUUUUUAUAAUGUUUGAACACAUACCUAUAUGUGUAUCAAAUUAUAACUUUCAGAUUGUCUAGAUAUUUCAGUUAAAUAACUAUGUCUGAAAUCCCUCAUAUUUCCCUUUACAUCAAAAGGUCUCUAAUAAACUAAAGUUAGGUUGAUCUGCAAAUGUUACAAAACAAUCAUUACAGAUUGUACCCUGAAAAGUAAUCGAAUAACAUUCUACAUUUUGGAGUUCUCUAGUAGAGAGAGAGUGUUUAGCAGCAAUGAAAAUGAUGUAUUUGUUUGGGUGCAGCAUUUGAUGGUGUUAAGAAAAUGGCAGAAUGGCAGAUGCUGUACAAACUGUCUUCUUUCUCUCUACAUCAUUUCACAUCCCCCACCAAUUCUAAUAAAAAGACUUAUUAAAGAGUUGGGUGCUUUGUUAUAU